AUGGCCUAUGUUAGUAACUUACGUAUAGCAGUAAUAUGUUCCAGUAACAUGAACAGAAGUAUGGAAGCUCAUGCCUUUCUUUCAAAAAAGGGCUUUCAUGUUCAAUCAUUUGGAACAGGUGACAAGGUUAAAAUUCCCGGGUCAGCAGCUGACAAACCGAACAUUUAUGAAUUUGGCACGUCCUAUGAAGAGAUUUACUUAGAUUUAUUACAAAAAGAUAAAUCUCUGUAUACACAAAAUGGUCUUCUGCAUACCUUGGACAGAAAUCGAAGGAUAAAAUCCCAUCCUGAAAAAUUCCAAGAAGCACUGGACAAAUUUGAUAUCCUCAUAACAUGUGAAGAAAGAGUGUAUGAUCAAGUGUUGGAGUAUAUGGAGAGUAAAACUCCUACAGAUAACUCCAUAGUACAUGUAAUCAAUAUUGAUAUCCAGGAUAACCUGGAAGAAGCUACAAUAGGCGCAUUUUUGAUCAGUGAUAUGUGUUUAAUGAUGGCUAAGGCUGAAGAUCUGGACAAUGACAUAGAGGAACUACUCCAUAACUUUGAGGAAAAAUGUCAGAGAUCUAUUUUGCAUUGUAUUGUUUUCAAUUGA